CCAAUGGAUUCCAUUUCCAGCACUACUUCCCUCGUCACUCCCAAGUUCCGGUGCUUUGAUCCUACCAACAUUUAUCCUGCAACCGCCAAUCACCGGCGCUACUACUCCACCUUGCCUUCUUCUUGUUCCAGAAGUCCCAGGGUUACUGGCAACAACAACACCACCAACGUAAUGGCCAAUUCAACCACCACCGCCGACGCCAAAAUCGUCACCGGCGACUGUGGUUACCUUCUCGAAGAUGUGCCUCACUUGUCUGAUUAUAUCCACGAACUCCCUACAUAUCCGAAUCCAUUGCAAGACAAUCCAGCCUAUUCAGUUGUGAAGCAGUACUUCGUUGAUGUUGAUGAUACGGUUGCCCAAAAGAUUGUGGUUCAAAAAGAGAGUCCGAGAGGAACCCAUUUUAGGCGUGCAGGUCCUCGUCAGAAGGUGUUCUUUGAAUCAGAUGAAGUUCAUGCAUGUAUUGUAACAUGUGGUGGUCUAUGCCCUGGUCUAAACACCGUGAUUAGGGAAAUAGUUUGUGGAUUACACCACAUGUAUGGUGUCACUAGAGUUAUUGGGAUUGAAGGAGGAUAUAAAGGUUUUUAUGCUCGAAACACAAUUCCUUUGACACCAAAAGUUGUAAAUGACAUCCACAAACGUGGUGGUACCAUUCUUGGAACAUCAAGAGGAGGACAUGAUACCUCAAAGAUUGUUGAUAGCAUUCAGGAUCGAGGCAUUAAUCAGGUAUACAUCAUCGGGGGAGAUGGAACUCAGAAAGGGGCUUCUGUGAUUUUUGAGGAGAUUAGAACACGUGGCCUCAAAGUUGCUGUAGCUGGAAUUCCGAAGACUAUUGAUAAUGAUAUUCCGGUUAUAGACAAAUCCUUUGGUUUUGACACUGCUGUUGAAGAGGCUCAACGAGCAAUUAAAGCAGCCCAUGUUGAAUCAGAAAGUGUUGAGAAUGGUAUCGGUUUUGUAAAGUUAAUGGGCCGGCACAGUGGUUUUAUAGCAAUGUACGCUACUCUUGCAAGCAGAGAUGUGGACUGCUGCUUGAUCCCCGAGUCACCAUUUUAUCUUGAAGGACUUGGUGGACUGUUUGAGUAUAUUGAAAAAAGGCUAAAAGAAAAUGGGCACAUGGUUAUUGUAGUUGCUGAAGGUGCGGGACAAGAGUUCCUUUCUGAAAAGAUCAGCUCCAAAGACAAGGAAGAUGCUUCAGAGAACAAGCAGCUCCACGAUGUUGGUUUUUGGAUAUCACAGAAAAUAAAGGACCACUUCAGUAAGCAGCAAAAGAUGACUAUAAAUCUCAAAUACAUAGAUCCCACUUACAUGAUAUGUGCGGUACCAAGUAAUGCUUCUGAUAAUGUUUACUGCACACUCCUUGCUCAUAGUGCCAUUCAUGGUGCAAUGGCCGGGUACACAGGUUUUACUGUUGGCCCUGUUAAUGGAAGACAUGCUUACAUACCAUUCCAUCGCAUUAAUGAAAGACCGAACAAGGUAGUGAUCACGGACAGGAUGUGGGCAAGGUGCCUGUCAUCAACCAAUCAGCCAAGCUUCUUAAGCCCAAAACAACUCUCUGAAAAGAAAGCAGAGGAAGAACAACGGGAGAAUCAUAUUGAGGACUUAGAAAUCAAGUAAAGAAACUUUCCAUGCGGACCUCAUUGAGCCAUUGUGUCACUGGAGAAAUUUGGUUUUGGGUAUCUGCUGUUUCUCCAUAGUCCAUACUUAUGGCUGCUUGUUAACCUCUUCUCCAUCUCCUGAAUUGUUGACCGCAUUCAUACGCUUCUAUGUAAAGUGCACACCCCGAUGCUUUGGGCGGUUUGAUAGUCCAUUGAAAUACAGGGAGCUGUAAAAUUACUGAGUGUUUAUGCUUGUAUUUUAUCAUGUGCUGGAUAAAGUAUUUCAUUGCCUUCUGAGUUUGCUCAUAUCCACCACUGACUUCUGAGUUUAUAUGGACAAAUGGAACCCAAUUGGCAAAUAAGAGACUGCAGUUGGAUUCCUUUGGUUCAAUCAUUUCUUUCAAAGUUUCAAAUCUUUACAUGCCCUCUGUCGUGGCAGGAUAAGAGAUGUUAACCAGGUCAUACUAAUGAGAUUUAGCAAAUAUCAAG